UUGUUAAUUUGUGCGAGUUGCCACUACUUCGAAAAUAUUGAGACGGCGAAAAUAAAGUAUAAACAUUUUCGGCGCGUUGUCGAUAUUUAGUCAUUCAGCAAACAUUGCGCGCAUCAUCUGAGUGAUAAGCAAUGGCUAUCUUUGCCAUUAUUUUCACCGCGUUGAGCUACGCCAGUGCGAUUGGAUUAUUUUUGAUUAUUGGCUGGUAUGUUUACGUGCAGAAAUUUGCGAAAUACUUGGGGAAUAUUCCUGGACCUACCCCACUUCCAGUGAUAGGAAAUGCUUUGAUGUUUACGGAUUCCAAUGCCACUUUAAAAGUUUGCGAUAAACUUUUCAAAGAGCAUGGCAAAAUCACAAAAGUCUGGAUUGGAAUAGAACCCAUCAUACUAGUCUCUGAUUAUAAAGCAAUUGAAACAAUCCUAAGUUCAGCUAAACUCAUCGAAAAAUCGCAACUCUACAAAUUUUUACACUCCUGGCUUGGAAGUGGUCUACUCACCAGCGCUGGUCCAAAAUGGAAGAAACGUCGUCGCAUGCUGACUCCGUCCUACCAUUUUCAAAUUUUAGAACAAUUCGUACCUACAUUCAACAAGGUGUCAAACAAUCUGGUUCAAGAAUUAAAGAAUAUAAACAAUAAAAAUUGUUUAGAUAUUUAUCCGUACGUUACUUUAGCAACAUUAGAUGUGAUUUGUGAAACUGCUAUGGGUGUUCCUAUAAAUGCCUUACAAAACAAAACAUCUAACUACGUACACAGUGUUAAAGAAAUGGGAAGAAUCACAAUGGAACGUGUAUUUUCUCCUUUACAACAAAUUGAUUUGUUGUAUGGUUUUACCGAAAACGGCAAAACAGAACAAGAGUGUUUAAAAAUUCUACAUGGCCAUACUUUAUCAGUUAUUAAAACACGUAAAGAAGAAUUAGGAAGAGAUCCCAAUAGCAGUGUUGAUAACAUGGUUGAUGAGUUUGGAAAGAAGAAAAAAAUUGCAUUUUUAGAUAUGCUAUUGCAAACGACUGACAAUGGACAACCUUUAAGCGAUGACGACAUUAGAGAAGAAGUGGACACUUUCAUGUUUGAAGGACACGAUACCACCGCUUCCGGUGUCAGCUUUACUUUGUAUGAAAUUGCAAAUAAUCCAGAUGUACAGAAGAAAAUACUUGAGGAACAAAAUGAUAUUUUUGGGAAUGAUGAUCGCGAUGCCACUUAUCAAGACUUAGCUAACAUGCGUUACCUUGAGAUGGUCAUUAAGGAAGGAUUAAGACUGUAUCCUUCUGUUCCGUUAUAUGCUAGGACAGCAUUUGAAGAUAUUCAACUAACCGACGAUAUUUGGUGUCCAAAAGGAAGCACCAUUGCAAUUCUUGCAUACCAUAUUCAUCGCGAUCCUCGGUUCUUCUCGGACCCUGAAAAGUUUAACCCUGAUCGCUUUGCUGCCGAAAACAACACCGGCAAGAAUCCCUACAGUUUUGUUCCGUUCAGUGCUGGACCACGUAACUGCAUUGGACAAAAGUUUGCAUUCAUGGAAUUGAAGUCUAUGAUCUCAAAAAUUGUGCGAAACUUUGAACUUUCUCCUGUUGUUCCUGCACAUAAACCAGAACUAGUUGCCGAGGCCAUUUUAAAAUCGAACAAUGGAAUCAUGAUUAAGUUACAAGAACGUUAUGAACGUACACAUCUCUAAAGAUUUAAUUUUGAUCUACAAAAUAAAUGUAAAAAGUGAAUUUGUGAAAUUGUUAGUAAAAGAAUUAGCAUUUUGAUGGUUUUGCUAUUGAUUGUUAGACCAAUUAUAGCUUUCACGUAUUGUCAUUUAGCAAAUAAUUAAAAUGAUUGUGAUUGCACAUGCAAAUAAAUUGGUACGUAAUAGUACAAUCAACGCACGAACAUGACAUAAACAGUCUACUUUCAAGGCUGGUGAAUAAUCCAUAGACAAAUCUUGCUAUUACUGCUGCAAUAAAUGCAUUCUCGAUAUUUAAAAUGUAAUUUAAAAAAUUGAUAAAAAAUUACUCUGAUGUUGAUUCAAGAGAGAUAAUGUGAAUUUAUUACAAUUUUUGUAUGUAUUAUGCGUCAUGAGAAAUUAUUUCCUGAAUUUCCUAGAAUCUGUGUUAUAAAGUGCCAAUAUAACAUCAUAAA